AUGCCUGACAAGAGCUUGUCCACCUAUCGCACUCCUUUUGUCCUCGCCACUAUUCUCUUUCUCGCUGUUCUUGCCUUUCUCCUCGGACACACAAACUUCACGUUCCCCAGCCACCCUCUCAAAGACCUCGGUCAAACAAUAUUCGGUGACACUCUCCUCAUCGACGCAAUGCAGUCUCCUAAGCGUGUUGUUGGAUACUUUGUCAACUGGGGCAUCUAUGACCGCAAGUACGCUCCCCAGCAGAUUCCUCAUCAACACCUUACCCAUAUCAACUAUGCCUUCGCGAACGUCAACAAGGACAGCGGCGAAGUAGCUCUGAGCGACUCGUGGGCAGACGUGGAGAUCCAUUAUGAGGGUGACUCCUGGAAUGAUGAGGGGACGAACCUCUACGGCUGUCUGAAAGCGAUCUACUUGCUGAAGAAGCAGAACCGUAACCUCAAAGUCUUGAUGUCCAUCGGAGGAUGGUCAUACUCGCCUAACUUUGCCGGUAUCACCAACCCUCAAUGGCGAGCCAACUUUGUCCAGACAGCUGUCAAGCUUGUCGAAGAUGUUGGUCUUGACGGUCUCGAUAUCGAUUAUGAAUACCCCAAGACCCCCGACGACGCUUCUGCCUAUGUCGCUCUCCUUCACGAGCUGCGCCAAGGUCUCAAUAACCUCGCUCAAGGCAAGGGCAAAAACCCCGGUCAAUACCAGCUCUCUGUUGCCGCACCUUGUGGAUCGGAGCAGAUGCAGAUCCUGCGAGUCCAAGAGAUGGACCAGGCAUUGGACUUCUGGAAUCUGAUGGCUUAUGAUUUUGCGGGAUCGUGGGACUCUGUCGCUGGGCACCAAGCCAACUUGUACGCCGACGAUCCCAACGCAAACUCUGUGGACAAGUCCGUGAGGUUCUAUCUUCAGGCCGGAGUUCAUCCAUCCAAGGUCGUCGUCGGUCUUCCGGCAUACGGUCGAGCUUUCGCAAAUACCAACGGUAUCGGACAGUCAUACUCUGGUACUGGCGAAGGCUCCUGGGAAGCUGGCAUGUGGGACUACAAAGCUCUUCCUCUCCCCAACUCUGAAGAGAUCAACGACCAUCGCCUCGGCGCUUCCUACUCUUACGACGCCAACAAGAAGCUGCUCAUCUCGUACGAUACCCAGGCGAUUGCGCAUCAAAAGGGCGAUUAUGUGAGGCACCACGGUCUUGGAGGAGUAAUGUGGUGGGAGUUAGAUGCGGAUAAGGAGGAGGGGAGUGGAGGGAGUUUGGUGAGGACUGUGAGGGAUGCUAUCGGGGAGUUGGAGCAGCGGGAGAAUGAGUUGGAUUACCCCGGAAGCAAAUACGACAACUUGAGGAGGAGAAUGGAGUAA